GGUCUCUCCAGCUAGGGAAGCAGGCAGAGGACAUCUCCAACUGAAAUGCAAACAGUGAGAGGAGGGAAUAGGAAAAACGAAAGGGGGAGGAACAGAGGAUUCAGGAGGAGAGAGAGAGGGGGAACGAGCGUGAGACGGAGAGAAGGGGAGUGGGACGAAGAGGAGAGCAGCGUGGGGUAGUGCUGCACUCAGGAGAUAAGAGAACCUCGCUGAAAACAGCAGUGUGCUUCCUCACGCCUGGGACCCCAGGAGGAGGAGGAGGAAGAGAAGGUGUGCUGUUACCCAACAGUGGAACAUCUGCCCCCCCCCCCUUGUUAGAGGAGACCAGAGACUCGGCUGUGCUGAGUCUGCCACAGGGGGGUGCUGGGGCGUUGGGAGGAACGACGGCUUGGGCACCGAGGGGCCGACUCCGAAGUGUCCAAGGCGGGGGAGGGGUUCCGUCAUUCCAGGGAGGGCCGGGAGCAAAACGGGGGGGUCCUGAGCACCGACGGAGAGGAGGGCACCCGCUGGAGCCAGCCACAUACCGACCUCUGCCACCGUCACGCCGGGACGCCGUGUUUUUGUAGGGGGCCGGCUAUGGACGACACGCUCACCUGCAGCCCCGCCUCCUUCUCGCAGGUGUUUGGCCGCCAGGGACAGCUCAUGCAGGCCACGGUGCAGUCCCUCACCAGCCUGAACGACCAGAUCUCCCACUUCAUGGUGAACAGGCCCCAGGCCCUGGACCAUGAGGAAAAUGCCUUCCUGCCCAACGAGAAGGACACCCUGAAGAAGUCAAUGACCUUGAUGAGGCACCUGCUGGUAGACGCCCAGGGAAAGAUCCUCAAAAUGAUGGAUGACAACAAGCAGCUGGCCCAGCGCAUCGACGGGGCCAUCCAGUCGGCCAGCCAGGAGGUGACUGAGCUGCGCUGCGAGCUGAGCGCCCCCCCUCGCCGGCUGGCCGAGCUGGGGUCCACCGACACCCCCGGCAUGGACAGCAGUCAGCAGCAUCGCCACGGUUUGUCUGGGAAUUUUAGGCAGAAGACAGUGACGGAAUUAUGUUUCCAGAACGACCGAUCAAGUCUGAUGGAUUUCAGUAACCCAGACACCUCCGUGGAUAGAGCGUUGCUGCAGGAUGAGGUGGCCCAGCUCAAGGAGGAGGUGCAUCUGCUGAAGCAGAUGAAGGACAUGCUGAGCAAGGAGCUGCAGGACUCCCCUUCUGAGGUGCUGUCCACCACCGAGCUCCGGGUGCAGCUGGAGCAGAAGGAGCAGGAGCUGGACCGGGCCAAGGAAGCGCUGCAGGCGAUGAAGGCGGACCGGAAGCGGUUAAAGGGGGAGAAAGGAGACCUGGCCAGUCAGAUGCAGCAGCUGUACGCCACGCUGGACAGCCGCGAGGAGCAGCUGAGGGACUUCAUCCGGAACUACGAGCAGCACAGAAAGGAGAGCGAGGAUGCGGUGAAGAAUCUGGCCAAGGAGAAGGACCUUCUGGAGAGGGAGAAGUGGGACCUGCGGAGGCAGGCCAAAGAGGCCACGGAACAUGCCAGCACACUCCGCUCCCAGCUGGACCUGAAGGAGAACAGGAUCAAGGAGCUGGAGGCUGAGCUGACCAUGGCCAAGCAGUCGCUGGCUACGCUCACCAAGGAUGUGCCCAAGCGGCAGUCGGUGGCCAUACCUACGGAUUCGGUGGUGAACGGGAGCCAGGAGUGGGUGCUCCACCCCGACCUGCCCCUGACCGCGGCCAUCCGGCAGAGCCAGCACACGCUGUACCAAGGGCACCCGGUGCACACCGUGGACAGGCAGGCAGCGGUCAGGAUCAGCCCCGCCCACUCGCGGCAGGCUUCCGUAAUCUCUGACGCCUCGGCCGCCGAGGGCGAUCGCUCGUCCACACCGAGCGACAUCAACUCGCCCCGGCACCGGACUCACUCCCUCUGCAACUCGAUGGAGGACCUCGACGACCAGAGGCGUAAGAAGAAGAAGGAGAAGAUCAGCCUGGGCUCUCUGUCACGGGUGUUCGCCCGCGGCAAGCAGCGCAAGUCCAUGGACCCGGGCCUCUUCGACGGCACCGCUGCUCCGGAAUACUACAUUGAGGAGGACGCUGACUGGUGACACCAUGACGAUGGCGACCAGCCGCAUGUACAUAGUAUACAUAAACACCAUAUAAAUAAACAUAAGUGUGCGUCUAAAGCUAUAUUUGCAUAUAUUGUUUUUAUAUGUGUUUAUAUAUACAGAACUGUAUAUAUACACAGAGCUAUUGUGUGUGGAUAUGUUUAGCUGUGGUUAAAAAAAAUUAUUUGUCUGUAUAUAUUAUAAUGUUUAUUUUUUUUAACUCAGAACUUGAAGGACUGUUGUGUAUUUUGUAAAUAUCAGUCACUGUAAAUUCUGUGUUUGUAAAUGUAUUUUGUUCAGCAUGCCUUUUAAUUUUCCUUUUAUACAUUUUAUAAGGCACUUCUAUUGCUCCCCCCAUAAUUAUGGUGUAGCCCAGUCGUCCCCCCCCCAGAAUGGUACGCUCCCGCCGCUGUUUCUGUGUGGGCUCUAUGUUUAAGUAAUCAAAUCGAACCUAUGACUGUGUCCAAAUCUGAAUUGGUUGGGCCAGAACCAACAGUCAUUGCCUGUGGCCGACGCAUGAAAAAAUCCCUCAUCUUCAAAAGACAUCCUGACUGAACAUUUCAAAAUUCCAUGUGGGAGUAAUUAUUUAGUAAUUAUUUGCAAGUAUUCAUGGUAAAAUGUGGGUGUUUUGCCCUCUGGGAUAGGAACAGUUUUGCAUGAUGUAGCAAGAGUGGUUUUCAGUUUGAAGCAGAACAUCCAGGCUUUUAGAAGCUGUAGGACUGGUCCGAACCCACAGUCUAUGGGCAGGACACAGAAACACAGAACAGUGAACGGGGGGUGGUGGAUGUACUCUGCGUGUGUGUGUU